GGAAGUUGUGGAGACUGUGAAACUUUCCAACCUGCUCAGGUUUGACUUGGCACCAUGAUUGCUGGAGGCUUGACUGAUGCUCAGCCUGCUACUUCAGAUGUGCAAAAGCUGGUUGACCAGGUGAAACCUCAAAUAGAAGAGAAGGAAAACAAGAGUUACCCUGUUUUCAAUGCUAUAGAAUUUAAAACCCAGGUGGUUGCUGGAAUAAAUUACUUCAUUAAGGUUGAUGUUGGCGAGGCCGUGUAUAUGCACUUGAAUGUAUUCCAGUCCCUUCCUCAGCAGCAUGAGGGACCCUCUUUGAGUGGCUACCAGACUGAAAAGGCGGCAAGUGACCCACUGAACUACUUCUAAGGAGAUGCUUCUGCUGUCUUAUAAUGGACAGGACACAGAUUUGCAUUUUAAAGUCUGCCUAUGACUAAUAAUAAAACAUCUGGAUGU